GCCUCUCCCCCCCUCUCUCUCGCGCGCAAUUCGUCUUCCAGUUGACCGGCCUGUGCCAUCCAUACAUAGUCUUGCCUACCGAUUUUCCGUUAGAAGCCCCAAAGUGUCAUGAUCGUCUCCUCGUCGGGGCCUCGGCGAUACGACGCCUCCUGCUACACCUGCUGCGAAUGAUACUCGACUAACAACUAGUUAAUGAACACCAAUCGUCCUUCUAUAGGGAGAACCCUCACGCUUUUUUCUUCCCCUAAAUUGAUUUACCUUUCUGCUUGCAGCUGGCUACUUUCUCCCUGAACCUCAAAGGCACCUCGUAUUUCCUUCUCCGACAUGGCCGAGAAACACACCACCGGGGCCGCCGAACCCAGAGAGCCUAUAGACGAACACCAUGAUACUCACAAAAAUGAUCACACGUCGUUUGGCCGUCACAGUUUGCAUAUAACUCGAUCCCAGAAGCCGGCUGCCUCUGCUCCGGUCGUCACCGGCCCAGAACCACAUCAACCGACAAACUCCUCCGAUGCCCUCAGCGCUUGGGAAGAUCACGCCCUGGAUGAAAAGUUCCAGAGGAUGCCAGAGAGCCUCAACAUCAACCGACGACGCCCACAAUCAGCACCGCAUCACAACCCGACCGCCCCGCAUUCGCCGGCGAAGCGGAUCACCCGCCCAAGCCAUGACUUCGACCGUCGCUACGACGGCCCCUUCGGCCGCCCCAGCCUGGCCAUGACCCGCCGCAGCUCCCGCUCCCCAGCCCGUUCCUCCAUCCAUCCCGGCACGGCCGACGAAGCAUCUCCCGAAGCCGCUACCGCCGUCCCUGCCGACGACGACCUGCACGGGACCCCCGACAGACCGGCCUUCCAGCCUACCCCGCCGCCGCUGAACUACACCCUGCGCACCCGCAAGAUGGCCAUCUUCCUCUUCUGGGCUCUCAUCCUCUUCGACUCCAUCGCCAUGCCCAUCGCCCUCUACUUCGGCCUCUGGUACGGCGUCGGGCCCGGCACGAACACCCCAACCGAGAAGAGGCAGAAGCUCACGCCCAACGCCGUCUUCUCCAUCGUCACCGCCGCCGUCGGCGGCGCCAGCAUCGUCGAGUACUUUGUCCGCUUCUGGCGCCUCUGGCGCAAGGGGAGCACCUGCCGCGUCAUCGGCGCCCAUCGCUGGUAUCUCGACUGGUUCCACUGGAACUUUUCUUUCGCCUGGAUCAUCAUCAUGAUCGAGCUCAUCGUCGGCACCGUCCCCGAACACCCGCCGAUCCGUCUUCUCUCCAUGCCCGUCACCACGAUGCUCUACGUCUUCGGAACCGAGCUCAUCCUCGUCGACGUGAGCCGCGCCUUCCGCGUCCCCGCCCCCUGCCGUAUUUCUUCCAUCCCGAAGGGCGCCCAGCUCCGCCCGGGCAUCUACUCCCUCAUCGAGGACGUCUGCGCCGUCGACGGCUCUGGCGGCACCGACUUCCGCGUCGCCCUCGACCGCCGCUACGAGGCGAGCCACGUCUUCCGCGCCAUGCUGCGCCGCCUGGGCGUCUUCUGGGCCGUCGGCGCCGAGGCCUGCGCCGUCCUGUGCACCGUCUUGAUCUUUACACUGCACGGCGACGUCGCCUACGCCAUCGGCUGGUCGCUGCCGUUCGCGUGGGCGGGCGUGUGGACGUUGGCGACAUUUUGGUAUGUGAGUCGCGAGUUGAAGAGGGAGGCCGACGCAUGGGCCGAGGAGGCCGCGAAAAAGGGCGCGGCGCACUCGGAAGCGUUGGUUUGAUGAAGUCUCUCCCGUCUCUCACCUCCCCUGAACUAAAUUAUAUAGGAAUAUAAGCUACUGAAAAGAGGGAAGAGAAGAGUACGUCACGCUGCAACCACCGUCUCAAUAUUUGAUGGCAACAUAACUGAUGCUCGGAGAUUUAUCUUUAUUUUACUCUUGCCCCAUGUCUAUGCUCCCAAGGGAUCAUCAUGCCCAACCCUUUCAAAACUCCAUGCCGCACGGCUUGUUCCUCCAAGGCGCCAUUUCGAUUGUGCAUGCAAAGGUCUACCCAUGCCUAGGUACUCUCAAGACCGUCCCUAUGUUUCCCCCCAUACGCAACCCUU